GGCUGGGGUCAUUUCACCAUUGACACUACUGCCACUGAGCAAGGCGACCCAGGGAGCUGAAGGGUCGCCGGCUUCGCCGCCCGCAGAAGUUGGUGUCGGUGGGUCAGGACUCGGUUGGGGCUUACACUUGCUGGGAAGUCCCGCCGGGAAAACCGGCUGUCCCCAACUCCGGGGCCCUCAGCGCGGGGCGCGCCGUAGGGGAGGUGAAGUAGGCCCUCACCAUCUUAAGGAAGAGGGCAGGCAGCCACCGCGGUGUUAAAGGACUCCCCGGGAGACUCCCACAGACGGGACAGGAGGGCUUCCAGAGGUAUUUCCAAGCCAGGAUCCUUUAGAUCGAGCAGAUUUCAAUGCUGUUGAAUAUAUCAAUACCCUGUUCCCAACAGAGCAAUCUCUGGCAAACAUAGACGAAGUCGUGAACAAAAUUAGACUGAAAAUAAGGUAAGUAAAACUAUAUGAUUGUUCAUAAUGAAUGGAAAGUGUGUUGUUGAUUUAGUUACUCACCUUCUGGAUCACGCUUUUCUGUGAGAGCACUAAAAUAUCAAGUUUACCGUAGAUAGUAAUUUUUAAAAAAAUUAUUCUUUUAUCUGGGUUUCCAUGUGAACCUCGUAGCAAAGAACUCAAUUCUUUGGCCAGUCUUCAAUUCAUAAAAAAGGGAGGCUACUGUGACAGAGUCUGUUCAGAACAGUUGUAGAAGGAGGCACAAAGGCUUUUCUACUAUAUCUUUAAUAGUUUUAUUUCCCUAGUGGGAAAUGAAGAUGGGCUUAUAUGUGUAUCCUUUGGUAACACACUAGCUGACGAUGUUAGAUCUGCUGGUUGGCCUCGGUGGUGGCCCAGGAUUAACAUUGUGAUUAAUCCAGGAUGUGAUUGUCCAGGAUUAUCAUCUUGUGUCCUUCCUACCUAAGGCUUAUUCUGGUUUCCUCAUGUCUGGAUUUCCAGUUUUGAGACAUGGUAGGUAAUUGGUAAGUGUUUGUUCAUUAUACAAAUAGGUUGAUGUCAGUGCUUCAGAUAUAAUUUGGGGGCUUUUGUUUGUUUUGUUCUUAACUUUUGAUGAGGAAAAGUAUUCAUAAAUCCAGGCGAUGACUUUUUUUUUUUUUUGAGACAAUCUCACUUUGUCACCCGCAGUAGAGUGCUAUAGUGUCAUAGCUCACAGCAAACUCAAACUCUUGUGCUCAAAUGGUUCUUAUGCUUUAGUCUCCCAAGUAGCUGGGACUACAGGCACCUGCCACAGUGCCUGGCUAUUUUUAGAGACGAGGUCUUACUCUGGCUCAGGUUGUUCCAAACUCAUGAACUGGGGCAAUCCACCCCGUUGGCCUCCCAACAGGUGUGAGCCAUUGCGCUCAGGCCGAGAUGACUUUUUUCCCUACAAGCCUUGGCUCUUUCAGUGAAGACCUCUGACCUAUGAAUAUAUUGUUCCAUUGGUGUCUUGAGAAAUACAAAGAAGACUUUUUUUUUUUUCUUUUUGUAGUUUUUGGCCGGGGCUGGAUUUGAACCCACCACCUCCAGCAUAUGGGGCCAGCAUCCUACUCCUUUGAGCCACAGGUGCUGCCCAGAGAACUUCUUUUUUUUUUUUUUUUUUGUAGUUUUUUGGCCUGGGCUGGGUUUGAACCUGCCACCUCCGGCAUAUGGGACCAGUGCCCUACCCCUUUGAGCCACAAGCACCGCCCAGAAAACUUUUUUUGUUGGACUUUAGCUGUAAGAAUCCUAGUGGACCACUAAGUUCUUCAGGGUUUGCAUAGAACAUGGAAAUUCUCUGAUGAUCCAAAAAUCACUUGCAAGCUAGUUAUUUUCCACUUUCUCCCUACCGUACCUUUGAUGGAGUCUUCAAAUGAAAAAUGAAAUAGACUGAUACAAAUUCCUCUGACUGAGGUGCCAUUAAUUAUCCCCUGCUGAGCCACAGGGGAAAAAGGAGCUGGAAGCUGUACGUGAUCAGGGCCCGGAAGGAGACUGGAUGACAAUAUUCGAACUGUUGUAAGAGGUCAAACAAAUGUGGGACAGGAUGGAAGGCAAGCCCUUGAGGAGGCUCAAAAAGCUAUUCAGCAACUCUUCGGCAAAAUCAAAGAUAUCAAAGACAAAGCAGAAAAAUCAGAGCAGAUGGUGAAGGAGAUCACCCGUGAUAUUAAGCAGUUAGAUCAUGCCAAACGCCACCUGACCACCUCUAUCACAACACUGAACCACCUGCACAUGUUGGCAGGCGGCGUCGAUUCCCUGGAAGCCAUGACCAGGCGAAGACAGUAUGGAGAAGUCGCUAAUCUCCUUCAGGGUGUAAUGAAUGUCCUAGAGCACUUCCACAAGUAUAUGGGAAUCCCACAGAUCCGGCAGCUGUCUGAAAGAGUGAAGGCCGCACAGACUGAGUUAGGACAGCAGAUCCUGGCUGACUUUGAAGAAGCAUUUCCUUCCCAGGGGACCAAGAGACCAGGAGGACCCAGCAAUGUCCUACGAGAUGCGUGUCUGAUUGCUAAUAUUUUGGAACCCAGAAUCAAACAGGAAAUCAUCAAAAAGUUUAUUAAACAGCAUCUGUCAGAGUAUCUAGUACUUUUUCAAGAAAACCAAGAUGUUGCCUGGCUAGACAAAAUCGACAGACGCUAUGCCUGGAUAAAACGCCAGCUUGUGGACUAUGAGGAGAAGUACGGCCGUAUGUUUCCACGUGAGUGGUACAUGACGGAGAGGAUUGCAGUGGAAUUUUGCCACGUGACAAGGACAGAACUUGCCAAGAUUAUGCGUACCAGAGCUAAGGAAAUUGAGGUGAAAUUGCUUCUUUUUGCUAUUCAGAGAACAACUAACUUUGAGGGAUUUCUUGCAAAACGCUUCUCUGGCUGUACCCUGACGGAUGGAACUCUGAAAAAACUCGAGUCUCCACCCCCAUCUACCAAUCCCUUCCUGGAAGAUGAGCCAACACCAGAGAUGGAGGAGCUGGCAACAGAGAAAGGAGAUUUAGAUCAACCGAAGAAGCCUAAAGCCCCGGACAAUCCAUUUCAUGGCAUUGUUUCCAAGUGUUUUGAGCCUCAUCUCUACGUGUAUAUUGAGUCCCAGGACAAGAACCUUGGAGAGCUAAUAGAUCGGUUUGUGGCUGAUUUCAAAGCCCAGGGGCCACCUAAGCCCAACACUGACGAAGGGGGUGCCGUGCUCCCCAGCUGUGCUGACCUCUUUGUCUACUACAAGAAGUGCAUGGUGCAGUGCUCUCAACUCAGCACCGGGGAGCCGAUGAUCGCCCUGACCACCAUCUUCCAGAAGUAUCUCCGAGAAUAUGCCUGGAAAAUCCUCUCCGGCAACCUGCCCAAAACCACAACCAGCAGUGGAGGGCUGACCAUCAGCAGCCUCCUCAAGGAAAAGGAGGGCUCAGAAGCGGCCAAGUUCACCCUGGAGGAACUCUGCCUCAUCUGCAGCAUCCUGAGCACGGCAGAGUACUGUUUGGCCACCACCCAGCAGCUAGAAGAAAAACUCAAAGAAAAAGUUGAUGUAAGUCUGAUUGAACGAAUCAAUCUGACCGGAGAAAUGGACACUUUCAGCACUGUCAUCUCCAGCAGUAUUCAGCUGUUGGUUCAGGAUCUGGAUGCUGCUUGCGACCCUGCCCUGACUGCCAUGAGCAAGAUGCAGUGGCAGAACGUGGAGCAUGUUGGUGACCAGAGCCCCUACGUCACCUCUGUCAUUCUUCACAUUAAGCAGAAUGUCCCCAUCAUCCGUGACAAUCUGGCUUCCACACGGAAGUACUUCACUCAGUUCUGCAUUAAAUUUGCAAACUCCUUCAUUCCUAAAUUCAUCACCCACCUCUUCAAGUGCAAGCCAAUUAGCAUGGUGGGAGCAGAACAGCUGCUGCUGGACACCCACUCCCUGAAGAUGGUGCUGCUCGAUCUCCCCUCCAUUGGCUCUCAGGUGGUGAGGAAAGCACCUGCCAGCUACACUAAGAUCGUUGUGAAAGGCAUGACCAGGGCCGAGAUGAUCCUCAAGGUUGUGAUGGCCCCUCAUGAACCCUUGGUGGUGUUUGUGGACAACUACAUCAAACUCCUCACAGACUGCAACACAGAAACGUUCCAGAAGAUACUGGACAUGAAGGGGCUGAAGAGGAGCGAGCAGAGCAGCAUGCUGGAACUCCUGCGCCAGAGACUCCCCACCCCGCCCUCCGGAGCAGAAGGCUCCGGCUCCCUGUCCCUGAUGGCUCCAACACCAGAACAGGAGUCAUCUCGCAUCCGCAAACUGGAGAAGCUAAUUAAAAAGAGACUAUAGGGACACACAGGCACUUUCUCCCCCCUGGCUGAUGACCCUCAGCACCCAGUCCCCUGGAAGGACCCCACCCCACCCCCAACCUCUUCUCUGCUCCUGUGAUUCUCAAAUCAUCAGUCUUGAAGAUUUCUGGGACAUUUGGGUUGUUUAUAAGUGUCUCCCAUGCCCUGUCUUAAAUCCUGUCCAGGUUGGAGUGGCUGAGUAAGGGCCACAUUAUAAUGAGGUGGUUUAGAUUACCUUUGAUUCCUGAAGUAGAGGGACCAGUGUGAAAGGGCCUGUGUUCACGCUGUUCCUCAGUGCUCUUCGCUGGGGGAAUUGUCGGUGGUUCACGUGGCCUCACCACAGCAGUCAUACCUCUGACACGUGGACCUUACUCCCUCCUGCAUGUCUGUCCAGGCAGCUUGGACGAGGAAGUCGGGAUCCCUCCCCUUCCUCCCUCUGCUGCUAUUGAGGUUACCUCUUCGGCCAGAAUGCUGAGUCUUCUUCCCGCACCUCUGGGUUUGGUUCUAGGGCCUAAGUUAAUGAUGUGGCAGAUUACAGGUGUAGGAAGCCGGCCUUUCUUUAUGAAGGCAAUGGAAGUGUGCACACUCUUCCAUGUAAAUCCCAUUUCCUAGUACUUAUUUUGUUUCUGGUACUUUUCGUGACUUGGCCAGGUAAUCCCUGCAUUCUUCCCAUUUCUCAGUAAUCUCUAAAGGAGAGAUGCCCUCAAUCUCCCUCAGCCUAGAGGGUUGUACGUGCCAGGCCUUAGAAGCAGGUGUCCCGUCUGCCGGAAGAUCCCCGACAGGCGUCUGAGGCAGACCCGGGUCUGAGUGGGAGGGAAGGUUCUGCUGAGUGCACUCACUGGGCUGUGUGAGGAAGUUCUAUCCUCCAUUCCUUUGAUUCCCACUCUGCUUCCGACUUCCCAACAAGCGGUUGCCUUCUGUCCAGAAAAAUCAGAAAGUUCUCUUGGAAAACAUUUCCUAGGCUUUCCCCUCAGAUGAAGCUGUGGGAACACCCAGGAAGCCUGUGUCCCCUAAUCCCCUUCCUGUCUAUCCAUUUGCAAAUCCAGAGUACUCCUAAAGUCACCUGAAACAGCAAAGGUGAUGUGGGGUGCCCAGGGACAUGUCACUGUGUUCAUCCUGAGAAAGAGCCUUAGUCCAUGGAGACCUUAGGAACAGAAUGUUGGCCUUGAACACCAGCUGGGAACCCUGCACAGCUCAACAUGCAGCCUGUCCCCGGUCUGCCCCUCCUGUCCACCCCCAGAUCUCUGCAGAGCAUGCAGGUUGGAAUCUCCCCAGAGAAUGGCUUCCAUCCUCUCAAAUCACCCUGAAUCCAGAAAACGGGCAACACGUCAGGUGGUUGCCCCCGUUCACUUGGUUCACUAGAAACUAAGCCUCAGUUUGCCAGGACCACAGCCACAGCCAGUCAAUGCUGGUGUCAGCUCUUGUGGAAGAAGAAUAUUUGUUGACCAGCUGGGGGGAACUCUGGGGAGGAAAGUGGCUCUGUCUACACAGAAUGCACAUAACAGGCCUCAGGAUGAAAUCAGGACAUCAAGUAGCAACUCAGAAAUGAGUUUUCAGGACAGAGGAAGUUUCCUAAAAAUCCAUAAGACGCGUGACAGCAUCCAGGAGGAAACUUUAAUGUUUAAAAAUCUGCCCAGAAACACUGACUCGUCCUCCCCACCUCAUGUUUCCAACGUCACCGCUCUGUACUGCUCCCCUGCCCUCCCGCCAGCCUUUCUCCCUGACUCUGUCCCUCAGUCCCCACUUGGAUCCUGGGCCUCAUUUCUUCUCGUUUCCAUCCUAUUCUUGCUAGUCGGCACGCUCUGGCAUAUUGCACAUUUAAACUUGAGAACACUG